GACCUUUUUAUUUAGUUGGAAAGAUAAACAUUCAGAAUAAAAUAAUGUUUUGCUUUAUUUGGGUAGCCCUUUGUCAUAUACCAUCACCUCUGCUGAACCUUUGCAAUAAUUCUGUUGAUAAGAAAGGAUUAUUAGCCUUUUGUGUUUGUUUUGUUUUAUAUUUUGCCUUUUUUUUUUUAGAUAAAGAAGCCAAACCCAACGAUAUUAAAGGAUUUAUCAAUGUCAUAUGAUGGCUGUUAAAGAUUUAGGAUAUAUAUGAAUGUCUUCCAGCUCCAAGUCCAGGUGGUUUUCCUUUUAUAAACAUUGUGUCACAUUGUACUCUGUAAUCCUGAACUAUUUUAAAAUAAAGAAAAAGCAGUUUAUGAUUGCAAAAGUAAUUGUGUUAGUUAAGAGGUCAGAAAUCCUUUGACUGAAAAAAUCCAGAGAGGCUUCAGUGACAAUGGAUUUGCAGGACUUUCAAAGAUGAACAGGAUUUAUCUGGGCAGGGAAAGGUGAUAGGUAAGCCAAGAAGAGGGACAUGAGGCAGAAAAGUACGAAGUCUGUUAAAAGAAUAAUGAUGACACCAGUAUUCUUUGGCUGUUCGGAUUCUGGAUUGUUCCAAUCAACUGAAUGAGGCAUCUUAACUUCCUAGGUGUGAGAAUCAUUAUUUAUGGUGGAAGGACCACAGUGGUUCCUUUCUUUGCUUCAUACUCUUGAACAAAAUCCACCGUUCAGUCAGGAAGACAAGAUUGCAGACAUUGACCUGGUGGGCCCGAAGGUGGGAGUUCCCGAGCCAGGGUGUAUAGACUCCCAUGUUUACCUUGUGAGGACACUGCAAUACUUAUUUUAGGUUAGUUGGGAGCAGCUUCUGCCACCUUAGGGAAAUACGGGUAAAUGGCGUGCAGAACCACAGAAAAAUAGUGCACUUCAGAAAGCGGUCGAGUUCAAGACCAGUGAGAAGUGAAGAUAAGAGCGGGGAAAAAAACCUGGAGGUUAUAAAGGUGAUUCUUAAGGAUGAAAAGACGCUGAAGAUGGAGACUGGUUUAGAACCUACCUGGGCAUCAGCGGCCAGGCUCCUCCCUAGACCUGAACCUCCGGGCCGGCGUCUCUGUGACGUGGCCGGCCGACCCUUGCCUGGGUGCCGGCCUGGAGGGCGAGGCCCAAAGCCGGCGGCGCCGCGGAGCCCGGAGCAGGGCCAUGGUUCUGGUGGCGCAGCCCGCCGGCGGGUCCCAAGGCGCUGAAGUUAAAACCCAGCAGUCUAAGGAAAAAAGCCUUAGGGCACCGCCGAGACGGGGCCCGCGCUCCGUGCUCAAACUGUCCCAGCUGUUGCUCGAAGCCAUCGCCGAGCACAAAAGGCUGACUCUGGCCGUCCUCAAGAAGGAGCUCAGAAACGCGGGCUACGACGUGCGCAGGACGCGCGGCCGGCCCUGCGGCGGGGCGCCCGGGAAGGCCGAGAAGGGCGCGCUCCUCCGGGUCAGCAACGGGAACGCCGCCGGCUGCUUCAGGGUCUGUAAGAUCCUGAAGCCGAAGAGAAAGCGGGGACACCCGAGGCUGCGGGAAGGCGCCCGAGCUCAGAGGAGGUCCCCUGGGGGGCCGUGGAGCCCGCGCCGGAAAGCGACGAGGAAAGCCUGGGAAGGGUGGAGACGCCACCCGAGAGCAAGGGCCGGGCUGAGGAGCGGAAGGCCCAGAGCCAGGGCUCCGGGGCGCUCCAGAGCCAAGGAGGAAGCGAGGGCCAAGGUGAUGGGCAAGGGGAGAGGCCGGAACAAGAAGGAGAAAGGCAGGCCUAGGACCCAAGACAGGAAGCCACGCUCGAGGGCCAGAGAAGAGAGGAAGCAGGACGCGGAGAAGCCGGUAAAACGGACCACCCACCCCACAGCCUCCAUCAAAACUGACCGGACUUCCACUAGGCAGGUGAAGACUCAAGGGUCACUUGCACCAAGACCCACUAAAUCUGAAGGUCCUGGGAAUGCAGCCGGGAAUCCAUAGUGUGGGAGCAACUUCCCUUCCUCCAGGCACAGAUGCCUUUACCCAUAGGCUCCAAAGAGAGCCUCUCUCACAUUCACUGGAGUAGACAAUACUAUUCACAAGAUCUUUCCACCACAUUGUGUCUGUUUCAUCUUUGCACACCUGGAAGGGAAAGGGCGGGUAUUGAAAUGAGACCUGUAGCAGGGGCGACUGGUGGGUGAAGAAGGCAAAAGGAGUUGAGAUUCUGUUCCUGCUGCAGAACCCAGGAAAGUACCUUUCCGGAAGAAAGAAGAAAACAGGUAGAAGAGGAGCAGUGACUUCAC